AAAUUUUAGAAGCUUUAAACUCACAAAAUAGAAAUAUAUUUUAAGGUUUUUCCAGGGUUUUCAGCACUAAAUGCUUCCUUCUUUGGAGUUUAAAAGUGCACCUUAUUUUGUUUGUUUAAGAUAGACGACUUACAUAAACCGCACUUUUCUUUUUUUUUUACAUAAGUGAGGAUUCUAGGAUGAUACGUACAAGGAUUGUUUAUAAAGAUACCAUUUAUCUUUACUACAAGGAGGUCACAACUAUUUGUACUCAUUAGAUGUUAUAUUGAAUGGUUUGGGAUGAGUCACAAGGUCAAAAUACUUUUUUUUUUUGGAACUUGUUAUCUAUCCAAUGCACCCAUUUUGAAAUUGGAUGGAGUUUCUAUAGGGCAUAGGCUCUAUGAAAACAAAAUAAAGCCACCUAAAAUCCUCAUUCGGAAAGCACUAUGGUCAUCGAAAAUCUCCAUGAUCCUCUCAAAUCAAUUUUCAACACCUAAAAUAAAAUUUUAAACUAAAAAAAUGGUAAGAGUUUUUGUGGAUUUAUGAACACUUGUUUUUAACCCGAAAUAGAACAUCUACAUUAUUUGUUGCAAUGUACACUAUUUUUAGAAUUUGAAAUCCUAAUUUUUUUCACACCAUGAUCGAUUUAAUUGUAAUUUUUGAUGAGUUUUGAGGUGAGGUUUUACGCAGCCAUUUCAAACUGCUUUGCUUUGAAAUUUAAAAAACAAGAAUGAUUGUUAUGGCAAAUGGUUUCUUUGUAUAUUUUUCCGAUGGACAUGUAAAUUCCGGUAGUAUUCGCAUUUUAAUGGUGAAACAAAAUAGUGCAACUCCCGUUUAAUUGUGCAUACAAACUGGGAAAAUAUAUUCUCUCUGGGGCAUUUUGUGCUUCUAUAGAAGACUCAGGGUUCUUUCGUCACUCGAAAAUCUACAAAUUAAGCUCGAUAUUGGAAGCCUUCGCCGCACACAGUAAAUGGAUCCAUUGUCAUCUCUCUCUAGUAAAAAGAUCCCUGGUCAUCUCUCGCUCUCAAUUCGAAGCCGCAGCAGCAAACCCAAGAUGACCAAUAAUGCAAAUCUCGUCUCUAUGGACUCUGCAUCAAACACCCCACAUCGCAAAAACCAGCUCAGAGGGAUCCUUUUCAAGUAUGGCCCUGAAUCCAUCCAGGUUGCAUUCAAAACAGGUGAUUUCAAGCAGCAAGUCAUUUUUAUGGGUGGAUUGACAGAUGGACUUUUGGCAACAGAUUAUUUGGAACCUUUGUCAGUUGCUUUAGAAAAUGAGAAGUGGUCAUUGGUGCAAUUCUUGUUUUCCUCUUCUUAUACUGGUUAUGGCACCGGAAGCCUGAAGCAGGACUGCCUGGAGCUUGACCAGCUGAUUAGCUAUUUUAUCAACAAAGAGAACUCUGAGGGUGUAGUACUACUUGGGCACAGCACUGGUUGUCAGGAUAUUGUGCAUUACAUGCAAACAAAUACCGCAUGCUCGAGAGCUGUGCGUGCAGCCAUCUUGCAGGCUCCAGUUAGUGACAGGGAAUACAGAGCGACCCUUCCUGAAACUGCUGCAAUGAUUGAUUUGGCUUCCACUAUGAUCAGCGAGGGUCGGGUAAUGGAUUUGAUGCCUAGGGAAGCAAAUCCAGAUGCACCCAUAACUGCCUAUCGGUAUCACUCACUUUGUGCAUAUAUGGGAGAUGAUGACAUGUUCAGUUCCGACCUCAGUGAUGACCAAUUGAGAUUAAGACUUGGGCAUAUGUCAAAUACACCAUGCCAGGUCAUUUUCUCAAUGGCUGAUGAAUAUAUCCCAGACUAUGGGGUGGCGGGAGGAAGUCUUGAAGUUGAUGGGACUGAUAUCUUUGAUUUCUUCUACCUUGUAAGGGAGAACUCUUCGUCCCAAGAUGUUAAAGCCUCAAUAGCCAAAAACGCCUUGGCCUCAACCUCAGCCUCAGCCUCUGGUGCAUCUUUGGAAGGAAUUUGA